UGUGAACACGUGACACAGCAUGCCCCUUUGCUUUGCUUGUGGCAGACCUGAAUAUUGUCCCUCCACGGCUCCAGUAGAGUCUCUUCCGGUGCAGCGCCACAGCGGAUCAGUGCUAGCGGUUUCAGUGAAGGUCGUGAGUCUUACUUGUAAUCCACCAUGUCUCUGGCAAAACCUGCGAUGAGGGGUCUGCUGGGAAAGCGCCUCAGGUUCCACCUGCCCAUCGCUUUCACUCUGUCCCUGGUGGCUGCAGCAGCUUUCAAGUUCACAGUGACAGAGCCCAGGAAACAGGCCUAUGCCGACUUCUACAAGCAGUAUGACGCUGUCAAGGAGUUCAACGCCAUGAAGGAAGCUGGCAUCUUUGAAAGUGUGCGGCCCUCUGGCGAGUAAAGCCACUCUGUAUGUCCCUACUGUGCAUUCCCGGUCUGAAGCUGGAGUUCCUUCUUGCCCUCUUGAUGUUAUUUACCAAUCAGAUGUGAACAUCACAAUGCUGUUAUGUUCCUCUAAAAUAAACUAUUCUAUUAAUGUUA